AUGCCUCCAAGCGCACUGUCUCCCAAACAGUCACUCGAAGAGCUUGACACGAGGAGCCCGCAAACGACAUCAAAAAACACAAAAACUACUAGCCGGAGUCAAACCAUCCCUGAUUCCAUAGUUGAGGCCCUCUACUCGGAGUCUGCAAUCCUCAAAAUCUGGCUCGUCGCGCAAAAAGCCCUAAACGCCGUUUCUCCACCGGUGCUAUACCCCGAAUACACAGACCGCAACAAGACCUACGUCUACCGCUCCCUCGACUUCUGGACAUCCGGUUUCUUUCCAGGAUCGCUAUACCUUCUUCUCGAGCGACAGGUCAAGUAUCCUGACUUCUACAGCUGUCGCAAUGAGACGCCCCUCCCGCAUCGUCUUCACCUCCAGCACCUAUGCCAAUGGUGGAGCGCAAGCCUGCACCAGAACGCCGCAAGGCGCGACACCCACGAUUUAGGCUUCAUGAUUGCGCCUUGGGCUAUCAAAGCAUGGGAGUUACAUCGUGAUCCACAAGCUUACAGCAGUAUUGUCCUUGCGGCACACUCACUUGCAACUCGCUUCGAUCACCGGGUGCAGUCGCUUCGGUCUUGGGAUGUGUGUCAUACGAUGAAGUAUUCAUUCACAGAUCCAGCACAGGACUUUCUAGUCAUCAUCGAUAACAUGUUAAAUCUGGAUUUACUUUUCUGGGUUGCGCGGGAGACGGGCGAUACAAAUUUAUAUGAGAUCGCCGUUGCGCAUGCCCGGAAGACACAGGAGCAUCAUAUCCGGCCAGACAAGAGCACCGUCCACGUCGUGAACUAUGACGCUGAUGGAAGUCCUAAGUCCAAAUUUACGCAUCAGGGCUACAGCAACGAGAGCUGCUGGAGCCGCGGCCAGAGCUGGGGCAUCCUGGGAUUCAUGCAGACGUAUGAAUGGACGAGAGACGUCUCAUUCCUACAAACUGCAAGAGAGCUAGCGGAUUACUUCAUCGAACACUUACCCGAGGAUGCAGUCCCGUUCUGGGACUUUGAUGCCCCCGUCAAUGCGUCUUGCCCGCGAGAUACCUCUGCUGGAAUGAUAGCGUGCUGCGCCUUAGUCCUGCUGCAUAAGGCCCUCAAAGAGAGUGAUCUGAGCGCUGCUCAGCAUUACCUCACCUCCGCCCUCCGCAUUCUCGAAGGCACAGUUGCCAAAUUUAUGACCCCAUCGCCACUGAAAUUCGGCGUCGACUCGUCAGCGGCUGCUCUUCCCACCGUCUCUGGUGAAGAGCGCGUCAAACAACCCGGUACCCUGACCGUCUCACCGAAUGAGGCUGUUAACGGCUGUAAUGAGAACGGGAAUGGGUCGAAUCUGCACUGCCCCGAGACGAUCCUUGACGCGGCCACAGUAUGCAAUUAUGAGUCUGCGUCGAGGCGGUGGGCGGAUCAUGGGCUUGUUUAUGCGGAUUAUUAUUUUUUGUUGCUGGGGAAUAUGUUGUUGGAGUUGGGGCUUAUCUUUACAGCUGGAGAGCCUAGGAUACCUCUACAAUUAAACGAGACAACAGCGCGGACCGCCCUUCAAGGCCUAGCAGACUACCACGGCGUCGUGCUCCACCCGCACUCCGACGAGAUCUGGGUCGCGCACCCGUUCUCCGCAGCGCCCACAACCUGCAUCGUGUCCUGCGGCGAGCGAAAAUGGUGGGGCAACUGCGCGUGGUGCUCGCUGGGGGUUAUGCACCUCGCUACGGCUGCAGCUGGCUCUGGCUCUGGCUCUGGCUCCGGCUCUGGCUCCGACCACACCGCGACUCUAACAACGAGGCUCGGGGCCCUCGGCGACGAGGUGACCAUCACCGUGCAGAACGGGGAGCUGCUAGACAGCGCCAAAGACUACGUUGUACAUUUUCCGAUCCCCAUGCGCAAUGCCUGGGACAACGUCAUCUACACCUGCUCGGUUAUGCUGCUGUUUCGCGAUGAAGCGGAGGUGGACGAGUGGUGUGUCACCCGGGGGAUCGCUAAGGGGGAUGCGCGGCCCAUUGGGCAGGUUUGGGGAUUUGCGAAGGAGUGGUAUGGGCGCCAUGCUGAUGAGGACUGGACGAAGUGGUCGGUGCAUGAUGCGGUGGAGAUGUUUGGGAGGCAUGGCCUUGCUGGGCCGGUUUGGUCGAUUGGGGAUAAUGCAGGGCGGUUUUAG